CCACAACAUGCCUGCAUGGGUAACCUGAUUGAGCACGGAAAGAAGUUCGAUAAAUGUUUCCCGUCUUCAAAGGUGUUCAAAGAGAACGGACGAGUCUCAUCUCGCUAUUUUCAACUAACAUUUCAGAGAAAACAUACGUGCAGCCACGGAACGGAAUUACUGAGCAUCGCCCUUUAAUUAGUUAUUAACUGUUGUUGCUGUUUUUUUUACCUGUGGCUUUUGGUGGUCUUGUCACGGGAAUUUAAAAUCUGAAAAGUCAACGGAUGUUGUCAACCACAAGGUAUGUUACAUAUUGAAUUAAGUCAACGCCAUAGCGAUUCUUAAAUAUGGAAAGAAAACAUAUGAAUUUAAAUUAUUUAUGAAAAUUUUAGAAAAAAAAAUACUAGGGGAAAAAAAUUUCAAAAUACGUCAAUAUUCUGAUGAAUGCUCCGAGAUGUUCUGACGUCAGAUACAAUGUCCACAAACAAAUGUCAUCUCUUAACUUUUCAACAGCUAGCUCAUCGGACAUCUAUCUGUAAGCUGACAGUAGUCAGGCCCUGCAUAUCUGUGAUCAGGCCCUGCAUAUCUAUGGUCGGGCCCUGCUUGUCUGUAGUUAGGUCCUGCUUGUCUCUGGUAGGACCCUGCUUGUCUGUAGUCAGGCCCUCAUUGUCUGUUGUCAGGCCCUGCUUGUCUGUGGUCAGGUCUUGCAUAUCUGUGGUCAGGCCCUGCUUGUCUGUAGUUAGGCCCUGUUUGUCUGUAGUCAGGCUAUGCUUGUCUGUAGCCAGGCCCUGCUUGUCUGUAGCCAGGCCCUGCUUGUCUGUUGUCAGGCCCUGCUUGUCUGUAGUCAGGCCCUGUUUGUCUGUAGUCAGGCCCUGCUUGUCUGUAGUCAUGCCCUAAUGGUCGCGUGAAAUUUCACAGUUCGGAACAGACUUAUUAUUGAAUGAAUGGCUUUAUCCUAAUGUCGACCAGAAAACAGUCACAUCUGAUUUUGAAAAUAGUGUUUAAGCUUUUUUCGUCAUUUCAGACCACACAACUAAAUAACAACAGAAGGCGAUCAUGGAGUUCUUAAGGUCACUGAAAGAAGCAACGGCUCUCGGGCUUACGAGUGAGCAGUUUCUAGUGGUUUGGAACAGAGAGAUUGAGCUCAAGAUACAAGCUUCAAAAACUGGUGCUGAGAUAGGGGACACGACCGUCGAGCCGGGUAAUACCUUGAAUAGAAAUCCAUUUUUUUACAACUAUUUUCAAUGUUAAAUGUAUUAAGCACUGAUGGAUGAAGGAUGGGGUCCAUGGCCCCCUCAUCACUUUAGAUUCCAAAUUCAAUUUUGCCGAUAGCUAAUACGUUUACACGAGCCAUUUUAUCAUUUUUAUUUAAGAAACUGAGUCUACAUUACAAAGAAAGCUUUCACAUAAAUUGCAAAUCAAAGCUUUCAAAUACAUUGCAAAACAAAGAUUUCACAUAUAUUGCUAAACAAAGAUUUCACAUACAUUGCAAAACAAAGAUUUCACAUAUAUUGCAAAACAAAUAUUUCGCUUAUAUUGCUAAACAAAGAGUUCACAUACAUUGCAAAACAAAAAUUUCACAUGUAUGCUAAACAAAAAUUUCACAUGUAUGCUAAACAAAGAUUUCAUAUACAUUGCGUUUUGUGCAUACGAUGCUGACUUCUCUCCUUUUCUUUUCCCCAAUGACAUAAACAUUUCCUUGUUUUAAUAAAAAAAAGCUUAACCUUUUUUGCUUCAGAUAAUAUCAAGCCUGACACCAGUGAUUCUGUCAAAAUGCAACCAGACAGUCCAACGGAACUGUCUCAAAUGUUGAAUCAGUUUCAGCAGCAGCUUGCACGAAUUCAGGCGUCACAGAAAAAACUACAGGACACAGUCGACCUACUUCAACAGCAACAACACCACCAGCAGAAACUUCACCAGCAGACCUUGCACAUUCAACGCGAAGUCGAGGUCAUUGUCUCUCAGCAGAAGAAACAAUCGCAGGAAAUUUCGGAAAAGAUCCUCAGCCUUGAAAAAUGUAUUGAGAACCGUCAUAAUAUCGUGGUGGAGAGCAUAAAAAGUCACGUCGAAGACGAAGGGAAGAAGCUUCAGGAGACUAUGUGUAAUCUCAUUGAAGCCUAUCAAAGUAAAUCUGUCGAAGAGAUACGCGAGACUCACACUUAUUUCACGGAAUACAGUAUUAGAACCGUUGAGAAAACAUUCUCUACAUUCUUUCAAAUCUUCGCAACAAAUCAAUACUAUCAGAUCAAUAAACUCUUACUCGAUAAGCUCUCGCCCCUGACCGCAGCUGUUGAAAUGAAAAUGUUCGACAUGCCUAUAGAGAUAACCAAAGCUGUUGCGGAGCUCACACUGCUCUCCAAAGCUACGCGUAGCUCGGUGACGGAUAUCACGGAAAAGGCCGCCGUUGCUGUGAGUGAGCAGUUCCAGACUUUGCUGCCAUCUGAGAUGAGCGGGCUUGGGAAUGAUGCCGUCCUCAUCGCAGUGGGCGACGUCAAGGAAUUAAUUCAAAAGAAUUACAGGGGCACUCUAGAUGUCAUUAGGGCGUUUCGGAAAACCAUGAGGGAAGAUGUCUCCCUUCUUCUAGAUAUUGCGUCGACUCAAGAACUGAAGACUCGGGAUUGUGUACAGCUGUCGGAAGCCGAGACUAACUUGAAAACAGGAAGAGGCGUUUCGGCUGAGCACGGUGAAGCGGGUCAACUUAGUUGCAUGACACCGAAGAAAACUCUUGAAAACGGUGCGAUGAAAACAGCUACACAAAACGAUAAUUCGGAAAGUCCCAAACAUAUGCCAUCCAGAAAUGUCUGGGUCAUGGACGGGGUCAGCAAAUUGGGCACCAACAAUGACAACUGUGUGUGCAGUAUUUCCGUUGAUAACUACACGUUUCUACUGACCGCCCGAUUCCGAGACGACAUGGUCCAGUUUAUGAUAGCGUCAGUGACUGACACGCAGGUGAACGCCAAGUCCUGGCCAGUAACCUGUAGGGUGGGGUUUUUCUUGGAAAACGUUGAAAUUCCAGGAAAAUCUCCCAUUCUGAUAACGAAAAGAAAAUAUUUAGGGAAGCCUACCCAGUCAACUGGUAUGUCACAGUUGGUGUUCUUACAUUACUUCAAUGCCAGUUUAGUGAGAAAGUAUGUUCAAAACGAUACACUGACUGUUCAGUUCUGGGUGGAUGUUGUAAAGUAGGUCGGUUUAUGGUGAACAGAGCAAAUAGUCUGGAGCUUCACGUGCUUACUGGAAAUGUAUACGGUAUCAAUUCCAAACAAACUUCCCAUCGAAAAACCUUAAAGGAAAAUCUCUUUCAAACAUAUUUCUUUCGCACUAAUCUACGCAUACGGCGUAAAAUUGGCAAUUAAAUAAAAAAAAACUCGCAACAGUUGUAAUUGUGACCUUGAAAAACGAAAUAGCUAUGACGUUCAGAAGUGAAAAACUAUCAAAAACAUCAAUGCUAUCUUCUUUGGUGUCUAUUCCGUUUUCCCCUUUUUAUGCGAAUUGCAAAUUCAAGGCACACAUUAGAAUUUAACAUGUUUCAUUUCGUUGCGAC